GAGAGGCAGUAGUUGAGGGAACCAGUCGGGAAGAGAGGGCAUGAGAAAAGAAGGCAUAAUAUUGCCGGGUCCAAAGCUCCUUUGGGGAACGGGGGACCAGAUAGUGACUUGUGCUAAGAUAUCUCUCUCUGUGUUUCUCUAGCUCACGUACUGCACUCCUUGGUCUUCCUCUCUCUCUCUCUCUCUCUCUCUCUCUCUAUCUCUUCCCUUGGCCUUCCUCGCGUGAACAACACUCCAUAAAAAGGAAGGAAAAUAGAAAACUCAUGAAGUAAAAGUCCUACUAGAUCUCACCCCACAGGUCGUUACAGUUCUAUAUUCUCAGAAGCUAUACACCUUUUUUGCUCCCCGAACCCUCAACACUUCCCUGCCUUCCUCCUUUGCCGUGUCUCAGUCCCAUUCCUUCCAAUAUAUAUAUUUUUACUUACAAUAAUACUAACCAUCCCACUCUCUCUCUCUCUCUCUCUCUCAUCACCUUUCAAAACCUCUUCUAAUAGGGACACCAAAGAAGAGGAGGACAAUCCAGAAAUGGCCUGGAGUGGAAGCUUUAAACCUUUUACAUCCCAAGCACAACAGCCCACCUUCACUCUCUUUUACAACUAUGACUAUGUUCCAUUUUCAGUAGGAGUAGGAGUAGGAGUAGGAGUGGAGGAAGCGAAGUUUGGUUCAGAAGCAGAGUUGAGGUCUGAAGGGCCAUCGAGUGAGAAGAGCAGCUGUGAUGAUAAGACGAAUAUGGAGAGGAAGAGAAGGUUGAGGAAUGAUCAGACAGAGAUGUUAGAGAGAAGCUUCCAGGAAGAGAUAAAGCUGGAACCCGAGAGGAAGAUGAAGCUGGCUAAGGAGCUUGGCCUUCAGCCUCGUCAGGUGGCUGUUUGGUUCCAAAACAGGCGCGCCAGGUGGAAGACUAAUCAACUACAGCGUGUCUAUGAUGACCUUAAGCUGGACUACGAAGCCAUCUCUAUAGAAAAGCAGAAGCUCCAAGAAGAGGUUAUGAGACUGAAUGCUAGGUUAGCAGAGGCAGUGAAGCAAGGCUCCACAGGUUAUACAGAAGUCUCCCUUGAAGACACAGUGGAGAGUACUACUACAGCUGUGAUGUGCAACUCUAGCAACAAAAGCAAGACCACCACUAAUAAGUCAGAUGGCCUAGCAGUAGCAGAAACAACAAGAACAAGUAUUUACCCAGACCAGGAGAUAGCAGAGUGCAACCAUCUCUUCAAUGUAGAUGAUUACAAUCCAGCUUUGCCACCUUACUGGGCUGUCUUGACUGGUUAUCCUUAAUAGAGCACUUUCCCUUGUUCAUAGUAUCAUAAGGAGCAAAAAAAACUAAAUUGAUAAAACCAGUAUGAACUGCUCAUCUAAAUAUUGAUUAGGUCUGCUAA